AUGUCGGAUUAUAGGGCUCCGGUGAACCACUAUGGAAGCAGAAAUAGCACAAGGCCGUUAAACCCAAAGCUUUUAGAGGAAAUCCAGCCGUUUGAUUUGAAUGCACAACCAAGGGAAAAAGAGAUCGUGGAUACUCUUGGCGAGAUCUAUUCAAUAAUAAUAACACUCGACCAUGUAGAGAAAGCAUUUUUGAAAGACGAUAUAGGCAGUGAAGAAUACACGCGGCUUGCCAAUAAGCUAAUAAAUCAAUACAGGACAUAUCUCAGUGAUGAAGAUGUAGAGGAACAGUUUAAGAGCCUUGAUCAUUUUAAAGCAAAAUGGCAAAUUACGGCUUCCAAUGCAAUCACAAGGCUGGAGAGAGGCAUUCCAGUAACUGUAGAACAUGGAACCAGCGGUGACACAGAUUCUUUGGACAAUUCGAGAGCGGCCGAUAAUACCACAAACUUAAAUAAAUACAGUGGAAAGCGUGUUGCAGAGGCUACAGGAAAUUUCAUCACCGUAAUGGACGCAUUGAAACUAAAUUACAAGACCAGAGAACAGCUUCAUCCGUUAAUGGCGGAGUUAUUGCUAAGUAUAAAUAGGGUCACCAGUAAUGACUUCGAAAACCGAAGUAAGUUAGUGGAAUGGAUAGUCAAAAUCAAUAAAUUACCCAAGGACGAGCAACUUUCGGAUGCCGAUUCUCAACAGCUACUAUACUCAUUAGAAAGUGCAUAUAAAUCAUUUUACACUUUACUAGAAUAA